AUGAAACUCUGCACCUUCGCAUACAUGCUCGUGCUGACACUGGUCCUUUCGGCCUCGUUCGCCACCCAAUCACCCGUGCCGUGCGCCGCCUGCAAGCACGAGACCGCCAUGCUAAUCCCGAACUUACCAUCGACAAUCCGGGACGCGUGUGGGAAGCCUUUGCCCGGGGGCGGGACGUGUCAAGUGGAGCGACGCAAGAACUUCUACAAGUGCAAAAGGCCCGAGUGCGGGCAAUACUCGCGCGGCAACGCCACAAGCAAGGUCGAAGACUGCAUCCACCGCCACAAGGAGCACAUCCAAGGGCCAUUCGAGAACCCCACCGUCCUGUCCACCGGGUCCACGGGCCUGAGUGCGCCCACCACAGGCCAGACUGUACCCGCAAGCAACACGGCAUCCAAGCGCCCCCGCGAGAGCGGCUCCUCGGCCAAAUGCAGCCGGCCCAAGGGUGCCCACACUUCGGCCCACCAAAGCACCCAAGGCGUCCCCAAGGGGGCCCGGACUUCAUCUGAACUGGACACCAUGCAACACUCAUGA